UUUCUCAUGUCACUACCUUACACCACAAAUUAUUUUUUCCAUAAAUAUCUUUGCACGGCGAUGACCAGUCAAAUAACUAACAUUCCUUGACUUAUAAAUCUAUGACUUCAAUGUGCAACACAUUCAAGUUCAUAAAAACAUAAAGAAACAAAACAAACCCCUGAGCUCUAUUCAACACAAUUCUGAAAUUUAUGUGACCAUUUGAAUGAUGAAUUCCCCUGUAGCUCAACGCGUUUCGGAAUGUUUUAUCAAACCACAACACCCCAUUCCAGAGUCAAACCAAAUAUGCUAUUUGACGACAUGGGAUAUUUCCAUGUCGUCAAUGAACUACAUCCAGAAAGGACUUUUAUUCAAAAAACCAACACAACCAAAUAACCAACAAGAUUUCGUCGAAAAUCUAUUGGAGAAGCUCAAACACUCACUCUCUAUAGCUCUAUUUCAUUUCUAUCCUCUGUCUGGUCGUGUCGUUACACAAAAAUCUCAAGACCCUCCCUCUUAUGUUAUUUUUGUUGAUUGCAGUAACAAUAACAACGGCGCUAAAUUCAUCUACGCAACUUUGGAUAUGACUGUAUCUGAUAUCCUUACCCCGAUUGAUGUUCCACUAGUUGUUAAGUCGUUGUUUGAUCUCGAUAAAGCAAUCAAUCAUGACGGUCACACCAUGCCUUUGUUAUCUAUACAAGUCACUGAGCUAGUGGAUGGUGUUUUCGUAGGUUGUUCCAUGAAUCACUAUAUUGGUGAUGGAACUUCUUAUUGGAAAUUUUUUAAUAUAUGGUCUGAAAUAUUUCAAGCUCAAGGCCAAGGGCGCGAUGUUGCCAUUUUGCGUGAACCCUUUCACAAUCGUUGGUUUCCAGAAGGUUAUGGUCCACUAAUCAAUCUUCCAUUCAAACAUCAUGACGAGUUUAUAAGUAGAUAUGAAGCACCCGAGCUGAUAGACAGAUUCUUCCACUUUACAGCUGAGUCUAUCGCGAAAUUGAAAGCAAAAGCCAAUAUGGAGUCUAAUACAAGCAAAAUCUCUUCUUUCCAGUCCUUAACUGCACAUGUUUGGAGAUGUAUAACUCGUGCUCGCGGGAUAUCAAAUGAUCAAAUAACAACUUGUUUGUUAGCAGUAAACAAUCGACCGAGAAUUAAGCCAUCUCUUCCGGAAGAGUACUUUGGGACCUCAAUUGAUACGGUAGGUACACAAUCGACUGUAGGAGAAUUGCUUGAGAAUGAUUUGGGAUGGGCAGCAUUGAAGGUGCAUGUUGCUAUUGCAAACCAUGACGACCUAGAGGUACGAAAGAAAGUCAAAACGUGGUUAGAGUCUCCGACUAUAUUCAGCCUUAACCACCACUUGCCUCCGUUUAGUGUGGCUAUGAUAAGUUCACCGAGGUUUAAUAUGUAUGGGAACGAAUUUGGAAUGGGGAUACCGGUGGCAGUUCUGAGUGGUCAUGCAAAUAAAUGUGAUGGUAAUGUGACAUCAUACGAGGGGCGCGAAGGAGGGGGGAGCAUAGAUUUUGAAAUUUCUCUUUCUGCGAAUGCUAUGAGAGCGCUCGAAUUGGACGAGAAUUUCAUGAAUGCAGCUUCAGUGACCAAUCCCUCUAAUUAACAUACAUUCCAAUAGAUACAUAAAGCUUUUUGAGAUUACAUGUGUUGGAUUAAUUAAUCUUUGUAGAUUUUUUUUUACUGGUACAGUUUGUAUUGCAUUUUGUUUCCUUUUGGUCUUAAACAUGUCAAUGUAUUUUCAGUUUUUUUCUCUCUUCAAUGUAAAAUGUGUGUCUAUAUGAUAUGAUCUCAAAAGAAUCUCAUAUUUA